UUGCUGCCGGUGCUAGAAAAGCUGCAGUGUGUCCUUGGACUGCGGCCUCCCUUUGAAAGCCUGUGUGCUGAAACAUGCUGGACGUUUAGGUUAAAUGAAACCAUGAAGAUGAAGUUUUCCUUUAUAGAUCAAAGGGUGUUUUGGUAAAUUGACUGGUUUUUAUCACUUCAUGCCUCAUUCACAUGAGCACUUCUUCAUCUGUGCUUGAGUGUUUUCGGACAUUCGAGGAUUCAGAUAUCCCAGGAAUCGAGCUACCAACCUUCUGAUUGGCAGAUUCCUGCUCUGCCGCCGGGGCUACAGCCACACUGACCCGCUUUCUUUGCUUGAACCUCAAUAAAAAAAAAGCUGCUGUGAAAAUGCAGCCAACUGCUGAUGAAGAGCACUGUCUGGCUCCUUUUUAAAGAUGAGGAGUGGCGCGAGACUUUUGCACAGUACUGCAGGGUGGGGCUAAAGUAUUGACAGGUCAGAGGGAGGAUGUGAGAGUAACGGACGCGGGUGUUUAAUCAUCCAGUUUCCUCCUCUGAGCGUUCGAGCUGCGAUCGAGCGUACAGUCACACAGACUUCUUUAUUCACAGGACUUUGUUGACUUUAAGCCUUCAGCCUGAAAGUCUGUGACGCCGAGCAAACGCUGACUCAUCAAAGACUCAUUCCAGCCGAGAACCUGAGCAGCAGCUUCCUGUGACGGUGUCACGGUUCUGGGUCGUUUCUUGUGUUUCGGUUUGUUUUCUGAUGCUCGUGUGCUCUGCUGGUUCUGUUUCUGGUUUUUGUGUUUAAGGAUUUGUUCUUCGGUUGUGUCUCAUGUUUAGCAUAGUUUGAGGUCCAUGUGUUAUAUUCUGUCUGCCUCUCAGUGUCGAGUCUGCGUCCUUGUGUGAUGGUUUCUUGUUUCCUGUUUUAUUGUGAAAGUCCGUGUCUUAUGUGUGUAUUCAGUUUGCCUUCCUUGUCUCGUCUUGUCAGUUACUUGCAGCUGUGUUCCCGACCUGUGUGUAAUGUCCCUGUUCUCUGAGUGUAUUUAAGCCGUGUCUUCUGUUGUUGUAGGCGUUGGGCUGUCUGUGUAUCUGCUGUGUGGUUUCCCUGCUGGCACCAUCAUGUACCUUUGUGUGUAUGUUUGCUGUUCAAUAGUUUAGUUUGUCUCAGUACAGAUUAGUUUUGUUCCGUUUUGCCAUUUCCACUUUUGUUCUACAAUAAACCACAUUCAAUGAGUGCCUGCAAUUGGAUCCUCGUUCAUUUCCUGACACAGUGUCAUGAUUCAUCGUCCUCACAUAGUUAACGAUGACUGUGCUGAGAGCCACACGAAGACAUCAGUGACGUCUUUUCAGUGUAAUCCAAUUUUGUGGAAGUCAACGUGAAGCUCGGAGCCAUUAAUGAGAACCAGACGGCUGCUUUCCCAACAAGAGCCGGCCUCCUGCGGGAACGCUCGGAUUACAUCAGAUGUGAUGUUGAAGCUCACAGAGUUUUUUUCUCACACUGUUGCUCAAGCAGAGAGCUGAAGUCCUGCAUCUAUUCAGUGAGUCCUGACAGAGCUCCAGCCCCACGACGUUUAACGCAUCUCAAUAAACGCCUGAUGAGGCUCCAACUGGAGACCUCAGCCCGCCUCUGAGCGUAACGGUUUCAGAAAGAAUAGAAGAUGCUUCACAGAAAAACAUCUGGGAGGUCGCUUUCCAACAAAUCCUAACAUCAAGGAAUGUUGUGUCGUGGUUAUGUCCAUCUUUUAUAUACAGUCUUCAGAAAAAUGCAGCACAAAGCACUGGCUACACAUUAAACUCCUUCUGACCUCCAUACAAGCGUUUCUGUUUCAACAAUAACCGAACAAAUUGAAAACCGUUGCUAAGAGUAUUUGGGCUUUUAUUUUGAAGGCUGAACAGCUGUAACUUCCUGCACAUUGAUGGCACAGGAGGAAACGUCCUCUUUUCUUAUGCUCUCCUUUCUCACAACCCAACCCUGAUCCGGGUUCUUAACUUCCUGUUGGAAGGGAGUUUUUCCUUCCUGCUGUCGCCUCGUGUGGGUCCACAGGGGUCAUCCCUCUAACACUGCAGGCUGUUGGCUGCACAUACACGUGCACUGAACUCAACCCGCUGCUCGCACACUUUCACUCAGCAGAAUCAGGUCAGACAAUCACAGCGUGAACCCCGAUCCCAGCCCAGAGGCCCGGCGAGCCGAGGGUUUGAGUCCGUGCGCCCACGCUCGCACUGUGUGUUUCUGCAGGUCAUCGCUGACGUGCUGUAACUUAACAGACAUAUUCUGGAUCUGUUGUGAAGCAGCUGUGGGACAGUUUGUCCGCGUGAGGACGAGCACAUCUAGUGCAGAACUCGGCGUUCGCCUCCAAAAUAAAAGCCGUGCAGAGCAGAAGAAAGAAAUGUUGGUGUAAUCAGAGGAUAUGCAACGUGAGUUUACAGGUGGCAAAGUUCCUGAUCUGUAAAGAGGAGCGGCCAAUCUCCAAACACAUCAGCCGCUGAUGCCAGAGACACGUUAAAGCGUGUUUCUGUCUCAGAAAUGUUUGAGCAAUGUCUCUUUACACAAGCCGGCAUUGGUCACCCAUCACGCUGGGAUGCCUUCACUUUCAUAUUGAGAUGAUUUCUUUCCACACUCGUCGCUGACAGACUUGGUGGGAAACAGUCGAGAUGAGAAUGUCUAAAGUGAAUGUUCAGAGACAUUCAGCAUCGGCGCUCUGCUCCUGAUUCAGUUUCCUUCUGGAGUGAUCGUCGAGCAUCAGUUCAGGACCAACAAAAGCCUGCCUUCAGUUUGGCUUCACAGACUUAAAAGCUGAAACCUGUUCGGUCAUCCAGGCUGUCCAAUACUGAGACGCUCCAAACUAAAAAACAGGGAACAGUGUCCAGAUUUAGAGUCAACAGGUGAAAUCUGUGAGCGAAUCCCAGCGGCAAAGUUCACUGCAGAAACAUGUUCCAACAAAGUUCUUCCUGUUAAAAGGAAAUUCUUCUCUAAGUGUUCGUUGUGCAUCGUCUGAUUGGUGGUUUCUCUCUAAUGUCAGAAUUUCUCAGUCUGUAGAGCUCAAAACUUGAUUUUGGGGAAUAAAUGUAAUUUUUGUCUCCAGCUGAGGAGAUUUUGGACUUCUGCAACUUCCCUUUAACCUCUUAAGCCCCAACUGCAGUCUCUCUUUUGUGCCCUGCAAAAACACGUCCUCCUGUUGAUACUCGGUGCAGCAGUUUCAUGAAGUCGUGGCCUUUGUUCUUCUCCGCUGCCGGGUGGAGCACAGCUUGCGUGUCUGGCAGGCAGAAGGUACACAGCAGGGACUCGCUGCUUCCUCUGUGAGUGGACUUUGACUCUGUGAGUGUGCACUGAGCAGGUUUACACUUACAUUAUGUCACGCUGCAGAACCAGAGCAGCACCUCAGCUCGUGUUCUGUCUCCUUCCUGUUCCUAGAUAGUAGUUUUCAUGUCAGCACAACACACACGCACACACUCGGCUGUUUGCAGUGCUUGUUUCCUAGGCUUUCAGGAGAAGCGGUGUUUCAUCAGGUACACGGCAGUGCUUCAUACAGAGACAGAAAAGCCAAGAAUGUACCUCCAGAUAUCUGGUUUCGAUUGGCUCGGCCUGCUUCCUGUUACAGUCUGCCCGAGCACACAGACUCACAGAACACUUAAAAUGAUUGUUUUUGGUUUUUAUGUCACAAGUAUUCUUAUUGCACUUCAGCUAAUUUUACAGGAACUUCUUUGACUGUUACCGAUCAUCAGUAACACUGUGGCGCUUUCCCCGGCUGAGAAGCAUCACUUCAUGACUUCAUCACUCGGCCGUCUGACUUCUGCAUGACUUUAAAGCCUUUCCUGGAUUAACUGUGUGGAAAAACAAAACCUGCUGAGUCUGCAAAUCCAAAGUUUGGUUAAUAAUGGAUGCUGUUGUUCUCUUAGCUGGUCUCUGCCACAAACAAACUCUCAUUUAAAUGAAUCGACAGAUUUUAUUGUUUCAACCAUGUACAGUACAGAGUGAAGUGAGACAGCGUUCCUCCGAGACCCUGGUGCUACUACAUGUAACACACAAACACAAAAGUGCAAUGUGCAAACAAAUGCACAAAUAAACAAGAUAAGACAGAACAGGACGACACACAACACAGUGCUCUGCAGUGCUGUGACAGCCAUGAAACUCGCUUUACUUCCCAGAGACGUUUUUAUUAGGUCAGGUAUAUUUUGGUCUCAUGAAAGGAAACACCCUGAUCUGCCUUCAUCCCUUCAUCAGACACGGUGAUGUGAUUAGAGAGAAAGCUGCCUGAGCUCUUUUCACGGUCCCUAACAGUGUUGGUGGUCUUCGUUUUCACAGGCGUGGACUGCAACUGUCCCAGCUGACAGCGAGCUUCCACUCCAACCCCACAUCCAUGAAGAACACGCACUCAGUGAAGGAGAUUUGAGUCUUCGCGGCCUCGUUUUUAUCUUUGUUCUUAUAACUUUGUAUUCUGUGUGUCACAUGUGGCAUCCAUAUGAUCGAUAAAAACAAACUGAAGUUGGUGUGUUUUAUUUUGAAAGCUUCCGGUGAUGUGUGCGUGUAUAUGUGUGUGUGCGCGCUCCCGCAGAGUAGCGCGCCGGUGUGAGUCCCGGAGAGAGGUAGGAUCAUGUCCCCGCUGCUGCUGCUGGUGCUCGGCCUUCUCCUGCCGCUGCUCCUGCUGGUCCUGCGCGGCAGGACGAGACGAGAAGAUGAGCCCCCUUUAAUAAAAGGCUGGAUUCCUUUCAUUGGAAAAGCUCUGGAGUUUGGGAAAGAUGCCCACAAAUUUCUGAAAGAACAUAAGAGGAAGUUUGGAGAUGUGUUUACCGUCCAGAUAGCAGGUAAAUACAUGACCUUCAUCAUGGAUCCUUUACUGUAUCCCAACAUCAUCAAACAAGGCCGGCAGCUGGACUUUGACGAGUUCUCCAACAGGGUGGCAUCAUUUGCCUUUGGCUAUCCACCUGUUACUAGCAAGUUCCCCGGCCUGAAGGAGCAGAUCACACGCGGCUUCAUUCUCCUCCAAGGGGAUAACCUCACGCCCCUGACAGAGAGCAUGAUGGGUAACCUGAUGCUGGUAUUUCGUCAGGACUACCUGGACCAGGAGAGCAGCUGGAAGACCGCCUACAUGCACAAGUUCUGCAACUCGAUCAUGUUCGAGGCGACCUUUCUCACCAUGUACGGCAAGCCGCCAUCCGCCAGCCGCCACAGCGGGAUGAGCGUCCUGGAGACGGACUUCAUCAAGUUUGACAAGAUGUUUCCGCUCCUCGUCGCUCAGAUACCCAUCUGGCUGCUGGGACGGACUAGGGCGAUCCGCGAGAGGCUCAUCAACUACUUCCUGCCGCACCAGAUGUCUUGCUGGUCACAUUCUUCAGAGUUCAUCAGGACACGAUUCGAGAUGUUUGAGCAGUAUGACACGCUGAGGGAUUUCGACAAAGCAGCUCAUCACUUUGCCAUCCUGUGGGCGUCUCUGGGGAACACGGUUCCUGCUAUUUUCUGGGUCACGUAUUACCUGGUGAGUCACCCUGAGGCGCUGCAGUUCGUCCGUCAGGAGCUCGAGGACGUCCUGAGACUCAGCGGGGUGGAAUUCAGCAGAGAUAAGGAUGUGACGCUGACCCCAGCGCACCUGGAGAAACUUCUCUACAUGGAGAGCGCCAUCGAGGAGAGCCUCCGCCUGUGCUCAGCCUCCAUGAACAUCCGGGUGGCUCAGGAGGACUUCAGUCUGCGUCUGGAUGCCGAGCGCUCGGCGGCCGUCAGAAAGGGAGACAUCAUUGCCCUGUACCCUCAGGCUAUUCACCUGGACCCCGAGAUCUACGAGGACCCACAGACGUUCCGGUUCGACCGCUACAUGCAGAACGGCCAGAAGAAGACCAACUUCUACAAGCGUGGCCAGAAGCUCAAGCAUUACCUCAUGCCUUUCGGCUCAGGUGCCAGCAAGUGUCCCGGACGUUUCUUCGCAAUCAAUGAGAUCAAACAGUUCCUGUCCGUGAUCCUGCUUUACUUGGACCUGGAGUUGGAGGAGGGCCAGAGCAAAGCCACCUUGGACCUCAGCAGAGCCGGCCUGGGAGUCAUGCUACCAGCUGAAGAUGUCCGCUUCCGCUACAGGCUGCGGCCUGUCUAACGGGGACCCCCCCAGCAGUCGUCCUGGUUCCCUGUGAGCGCCGACCUCGCGGCGUGCACUUCUGCGCACAGCCUGGACAGCGAGAGACCAGAAAGAACCAGACGUGCUGCACAUGAACGGCUGUGGAGACGCUGGACAGGUUGAAGCUUCCAGCCUGUCGGAUUUUUUGCCUUAAAGCUUCGUCAGUUUUAAAAGAAGACCGAAAGUAAUUACUACGUAUUUUUGCACCGUGGUUAUUGUCCUUGUUUUCUGUGCCUCGGUUCUGUUUGCCAGUAUGUACCUUUAUGUAGCACUGGGGUGUAAAUACUGUGUGAGCCAGGAGCUUCAGGUAAACAGUGUUGCAUUUGCAUGCUUUCAUAUUAACACUGCAGCUCUCAAAGUUAAAGGAACAGUCCACACUGUGCAGGAAGUCCGGCCGCGGUUAGCUUUGCGUAAACACAAGCGUCCACAGCGUACUUCAGAGUCGGCUGUGAACAGGUUAGAUUGAGAAUUUCUACAGUGGCGGACGUGGACAAAAUGCUGUUAAUUUUACUCUCUGCAGUGUUUACAUGCUUACACACACAGUUACUGUGCCUCCACAAACAGCACUCUGUUCUGCUUCUAUGCCCCGUCUUUGUUUACUCUUUCCCACCCAGGCUUCUAGGCCUCUGAUUGGCCAACACGGUUAGGAAUAUAUCGCCACCUGUUGCUUUGGCAUGUUCAUAGCAGCGUUUUGCUUCAUUUUUGCAUCUGUGGACGGGUUUUUUUUAUUUUAUUUUAUUUUAUUUUUUUAAACGAGAACGGAAAAUCUCAGUUUUCAAAAAUACGUGUGGACGUAGCCUAAAGCUGUCAGCAGACUGAGAAGGAAACGUGUCAGAUCAGGAGGGUCCGACUCCAGGCCUCGAGGGCCGGCGUCCUGCAGGUUUUAGACGUGUCAGCUGAUUUAAAUGGCUAAAUGAUGACCUCCUUACAUGUCUUGAAGGUCUCCAGAGGCCUGGUGAUGAACUAAUCAUGUGAUUCAGGUGUGCUGACCCAGGGUGAGAUCUGCAGGACACCGGCCCUCGAGGCCUGGAGUCGGACCCUCCUGUGUUUGUCCCACAGGGUGCAGCGAGUCAGUGCCACCUGCAUGUAACGAGGUCAGCCGUUAACGGCACGCUCUUAGUCAGAGCGGUGGCGUGGCCCUCUGAGGAGCGUGUAAAAACAGCCGAUGAUAACCCUGCACCGGACUUCCUGGACAGUGAGGCUGUUCCUGUAGCGCCACCUAGUGUCAGCACGCUGAGCACGCCAGACUGCAGGUGGAAAACGAUGUUUGAGAUCUGUGGUGUGAGUGCACAGUGAACCAGCUGACAGAUUCAAUGUGAAACUGUCCCACCUGUGGAUGAACUGUGCGAGGACCUGCAGGGCGCCGUUAAAGGAGCAGUUCACCUCAAAAUCAGGUGUGUUGUAGGUCCGACUGCUCUUCCCUCACGGGGAUGUGAGGAGAUGCACCGACACCGAGCUUUUAACAAGUGUUUCAUUCAGGAACUAUUUUCUUUGCACUAAUUACUCUAAAAUGUGUUGAUUUGGGGGUGAGCCGUCCCUGUGCUGCAGCCUGUGGACGAGACACUGUGUGCCAGUGUACAGAGGGCCUGAUACUCCACAGUAAUACCCGUACAUGUGUAUUUUGAUGCAUUUCAGGUGCUUUUGGUCUUUUAUUAUUAAAAUAAAAUGUAACGUGC